GUGGCGGCGCGGCGGGCCGAGGCUGGGGCUUGCGCGGCGGGUGGAGGCUGGGGCUCCCGCAAGCUCACUUGAGAGGAGACUAGUUCGCAAAGAUUGACCGACGCUAUGAGCUCCUUCGAGGGUCAGAUGGCAGAGUAUCCAACCAUCUCCAUAGACCGCUUCGACAGGGAGAACCUGAGGGCCCGUGCCUACUUCCUGUCCCACUGCCACAAAGAUCAUAUGAAAGGAUUAAGAGCCCCUAGCUUGAAAAGAAGGUUGGAAUGCAGCUUGAAGGUUUGCUUAUACUGUUCACCUGUUACUAAAGAGUUGUUGUUAACGAGCCCGAAGUACAGGUUUUGGGAGAAACGAAUUGUAUCAAUUGAAAUUGAAACUCCUACCCAGAUAUCUUUGGUCGAUGAAGCAUCAGGCGAGAAGGAAGAGAUUGUUGUGACUCUUUUACCUGCUGGUCAUUGCCCAGGAUCAGUUAUGUUUUUAUUUCAGGGCAACAAUGGAACUGUCUUGUACACAGGAGACUUCAGAUUGGCUAAAGGAGAAGCUGCUAGAAUGGAGCUUCUGCACUCUGGGGGCAGAGUGAAAGACAUCCAGAGUGUGUACUUAGACACAACUUUCUGUGACCCAAAAUACUAUCAAAUUCCUAGUCGGGAGGAGUGUCUGCGUGGAAUCCUGGAGCUGGUCCGAAGCUGGAUCUCACGGAGCCCCUACCACGUGGUGUGGCUGAACUGCAAGGCUGCCUAUGGUUACGAGUAUCUCUUCACCAACCUCAGCGAGGAGUUUGGACUCCAGGUUCACGUGGAUAAACUAGACAUGUUUCGAAACAUGCCUGACAUUCUCCAUCAUCUGACAACAGACCGUGACACCCAGAUCCAUGCGUGUCGACAUCCAAAGGCAGAGGAAUAUUUUCAGUGGAAUAAGUUACCAUGUGGCAUUACUUCCAAAAAUAGAAUUCCACUCCACACAAUCAGCAUUAAGCCAUCUACCAUGUGGUUUGGAGAAAGGACCAGAAAAACCAACAUCAUUGUGAGGACUGGAGAGAGUUCCUACAGAGCCUGCUUUUCUUUUCAUUCCUCCUACAGCGAGAUUAAAGAUUUCUUGAGCUACAUCUGUCCUGUGAAUGUCUAUCCAAAUGUCAUCCCAUUAGGCACAACUAUGGAUAAAGUUAAAGAAAUCUUAAAGCCUUUAUGCCGAUCUUCCCAAAGUACUGAGCCCAAGUAUAAACCACUUGGAAAACUGAAGAGAGCUAGAACAAUCCACCUAGACUCAGAGGAGGAAGAUGACGAUGGUCUCUUUGAUGAUCUUCUGCCAGCACCUUUAAGGCACAAGGUUCCAAGCCAGCAGACUCUUCACCCUGAGGUAUUUCCCACACCUGCUAUAUCUCAAAACCAGCCUGAAAAAUGGAGAGAAAGCACAGGAUGCUUCAAAGCAGAGAGUAUGCCAACGUUCCUUUGGGCAAACUUUAUAGAUUGUGAGGAGUCCAACAGUGAAAGUGAAGAAUCAGAAAUUCCAGGAUCAGCUCAAGGAGACAUAGGUCCUGUCCUCCAGCCCCAGCAGAGGGCCGAUGGGGAAGUACCGCAGUGGGAAGUGUUCUUUAAAAGAGACGCUGAAGGCACAGACAACUGUUCGGAAAACCUCCCAUCUUCCACAGAGGCGGGGGGCUCCCAGUCCCCGAAGCUUUUCAGUGAUUCUGAUGGGGAGUCAACGCACAUUUCUUCCCAGGCCUCCUCUCAGUCAACACACAUAUCGGAACAAGGAAGUCAAGGUUGGGACAGCCAAUCGGACACUGUUCUGUUAUCUUCCCAGGACAGAAACAGUGGGGAUGUUACCUCCUUGAACAAAGGGGUCUAUAGGCCAGGAAUCAAAGAGAAUAUUCCUGCCCCUCAGCCAGAACAAAAUGUACUUUGCCUAAAGGACACUUACUCGGAUUUCAAAAGCAGAGAUCAAGAUGUAAAUAUAGUUCCUAGUGCUGGAGAAACCACCACUCUAAGCAGUGGGAAACAGAUGCUUCAGGAGAAAAGGCCAUUGACUCUUAGCAGCAGUGCGGAUUCACAAAGCUCCUCUGAUUUUGAAAUUCCUUGCACUCCAGAAGCUGAGCUUCCUAAACAAGAACACUUACAGUAUUUAUAUGAGAAGUUGGCAACAGGGGAGAGUAUAGUGGUUGAAAAAAGAAAAGGCUCAUUUCAUUCUAGAGCAACCACUAAAAAAUCUAUUCUAACAGAUACCAGUCAAAAUUAUAAUAGAUAAAAAUGGAAUACUUAGAAAUGAUCCUAUUACCUAAAAGGUGGCAGUAAAGAGGAAAUGGAUGACCGAAAAAUAGAACAGAAAACAUGACACAGGAGAACUGAAUCCAAACAUAUCAAUUGUUUCCCAGUCACUAAGUUGUGUGUGACUCUCUGCGACCCAGUGGCCUGCACCACCCUAUGCUUCCCUGUCCUUCACUACCUCCCAGAGUUUGCUCAAACUCAUGUCCAAAACAUAUCAAUAAUUACAAGGGAAUAGGGGGAAAAAGGUAAACCAACUAUAUACUGCCUAUAGGAAACUGACUUCAAAAGACUUGGGUAGGUGUACCAGUGAAAGAAUGGAAAACUUUACCCUGUAAACAUUACUUCAAGAUGCAGUGUCUAUACCCUAAUGUUCAAAGGUCCAGGUUACUGAGACAGAAUUGAAUCCUAAAUGAGUAAGUGCCUAACAAUGUUUAAAUACACAAAGCAAAAACAAAGAAGACAAACUAAUGCACGAUUACAACUAUAAGAGAAUAAGUUUAGAAAAAUAAGCAAGGAUAUGGAAGAACUGAAUGGCACCCUCAACCAACUGGAUUUAACUGAUGAAAGGACACUUCACAGCAGAAUACAAGCUUUUCAAGUUCACACAGGACGACGUUCACCGAUGGGUCAUAAACACACUUCAAACUUAAAUAAGCUUGAAUCUAUUACUGUAAACUGAUGGCUACAGAAGAAAGCCAGCCCUUUACCUACCUCAGGUGUUUCAUCAUCUUUAAGAAUGUUGGGGGAAGACAGUGGUAAAAUUAAAACCUAAAGAAAAUA